AUGAAGGUCUAUAGAGAUUGCAGAGACCGUCUCUUGGACCGUCAGCAAGACCCUAUUCCCAUCCCCGUUAAUCUCCAAACCCAAGGGUGUGGGGUCGGCCUCGUUCUCAUCUCCCUAGACAAAGUUGUCCUUGAGUACACCAUCCACUUCAAAUUCCAUGCCUCAAAUAAUGUUACUGAGUAUGAAGCACUCUUAGCUGGCCUUCGGCUAGCUAAGGAGAUGGCUGUUAGGCAAGUUCAUAUAUUUAGCGACUCCCAGCUCAUUGUCAAUCAAGUCAACCAGGACUUCACUGCCAAUGACAUCUCUAUGACAGCCUACCUCCCGCAUACCCGCCACUUGCUUGCAACUUUCGACGCUUAUUUCAUAAGACAGGUGCCACGCUCUAAGAACAGCCAUGCUGAUGCUUUGGCCAGGCUAGCCUCGGCCUUGGAGCAGGGUAUAGGACGCAACAUCCACAUCGAGUUCUUGGAUCAGCCCAGCACUCAAGCCUCACUCAUAUGUGCUAUUGAUCACAGCCCUACAUGGAUGGACCCCAUCAUUCAGUUCUUGCAAAACCAAAUGCUACCUGUUGAUUUUGCUAAAGCACGGCGUGUUCGCUAG